AUGCAAGGUGAUUUCUGCAAAAAUGUUGCAGGAUACGGUCUCGCGCGGAACGCCCUGAGUAGACAUCGCCGUGACGGCAAUAUCACGACCAUGUACGCGCCUCCUUUUCCUCCAACAAGUGGGGGAGGGCCUGUACCACAGCAGCAGGCCGCUUAUCCUACGCAAAAUAUGAAUAUGGCAGGUGCACCUCCUCCUCAACCCGCGUUCAUGCAAAAACCGGCUAUGGACGCUUCACAUGGGUACCCUGGCAUGCCGCAGCCCAGCAAUGGACCGCAGAUGCCGCCUGGAGGACCACCAAACAUGAGGCCUUUUCCUGCUCCCGGGUCAAACGCUUCACCUUUUCAACCACCACAGGGCGCUCCUGGUGCUGUGAACGGAAUACAAAAUGGUGCUCCGGCGCAAUCUCCACCUCAGCCUGGGCCUGCUCCUACCAGUAAUUUUCAACAACAACAACAUCCAGCGCAAGCACCUUCUCCUUUCCAACAGCAGCAUCCAUCACAAGCAGCUUCUCCGCCGACUAUGCCAAAUCCACCAAAUUCUUAUGGAGCUCAGCAAAAUGGACCGUCAAUGCCUCCCAACCAAGGAGCUCCUUUGAGACCUCCCCAGACGACUCCUUCGUUCCAAAGCCCCCCUCAAGCUGGGCAAGGCGCCAUGCCUCAAAGUCCUCCAAUGGGGUUCCCACAGCCUGGCUCUUUUCAACCAAACGCGGCGGCCCCUCAACCAUCAAUGCCCAAUCAACAGCAGUACCAGCAACAGCGUCCCUCAAAUGGCGCACCUGGACCACAAAUGCCAGGUCCUCCUGGUCCACAAGGAAUUCCAGGAGGACCUCCAGGGCCGCAAGGCGUUCAUCCAGGUGGACCACCUGGACCUCCCGGACCACCAGGAAUGCCAAAUUUCCCGUCUCAAAUGCCCGGUCAAGCUCCUGCAGGGUUUCCAGGACAUGGCAUGCCACCCGCACCUCACGCUGGGUUCGCCCCUCCAGGCGCACCACAACCUCCGGGACCACCAGGUCUUCCUGGACAACCAAUGAUGGGUCAACAACCUAUGGGAGGAGCUCCUCAGAUGCCGCAUAUGCCAGGCGCUAUGAGUCCACCAGGAGCACCGAUGGCACCAGGUUUUCCUCCUGUGCCUGGAGGUAUGCCUGGUGGAUUUCCUGGUGCUCCGGGAAUGCAAGCACGACAACCGCAACCUCAACAGCGACUCGAUCCUAACAUGAUGCCCAGCGCGGUGGAAGUUAUGGAAAUUGAUUCCGCUCAAGCUGGACAGUUCCCCACAGGUUACCCGACUGCCAACCCUCCUCCACUUGUCUCCACAGACUUCUACGCUGUUGACCAAGGAAAUUGUUCCCCAAGAUUGAUGCGAUCCACGAUGUAUAUGGCACCUGCAUCAAACGAUUUACUCAAAACUGCACAAAUCCCAUUUGCUGUAGCUGUCUCUCCAUUUGCUGCGCUUCAUCCUCAAGAGCGUCCUCCUCCCAUCAUCGACUUAGGUCCAGGAGGUCCAGUUAGAUGUCAUCGUUGCAAGGCCUACAUGUGUCCUUUUAUGGAGUUCCAAGAUGGUGGCAGACGUUUCCGUUGCCCAUUUUGUCAUGCAUCCACAGCAGUGGAAGACGUCUAUUUCGCUCAUCUGGAUCAUACCGGACGACGCACGGACAUCGAACAUCGUCCUGAGCUGUUUUUAGGAGCAUACGAAUUCGUUGCUACCAAACAGUAUUGCAAGAAUGGUCUUCCUCCGAAAGAGCCAGCGUUCAUAUUCAUGAUCGAUGUCUCAUACAAUGCCGUGCAAAAUGGAUUGCUACAAGUUGUUUGCUCCAAUUUAGAAAAGCUCCUCCAGCGAUUGCCAAGAGAGUUGGGUGCCAGCGAAUCAACAAUCCACAUAGGUAUCGCUACCUUUGAUCAAGUUGUGCACUUCUUCGAUUUGUCUGCUGCACAACCGGCUAUGAUGGUAGUGGGUGAUGUAAAUGACAUGUUUGUGCCUAUCGUUGAUGGUCUUCUUCUUCCGUACUCUCAAGCUGCACAAUCAAUCCGCGCGGUGUUGGCAGAAAUCCCCAGAAUUUUCGCUCCAUCCCGACUUACUGAGACUAUCUUAGGACCUGUAGUACAGGCUGGAUUAGACGCACUUCAGUGUGCUGAUCGAGCUGGAAAACUGGUGAUUUUCACUACUUCGCUGCCAACUUAUGAAGCUCCUGGAAAGCUUAAAGCUAGGAACGAAAGAAAUUUGCUUGGUACAGAUAAGGAGAAGACGGCUCUUACUCCUCAAAGUGAAUUUUAUUCAAAACUCGGCGAACAGUGUGUGAAAGCUGGUGUUACGGUGGAUUUGUUCCUAUUUCCGAAUUCUUUUGUUGACGUCGCUUCGAUAUCUCAAUUGUCUGCCGUCACAGGAGGCAAUGUCUAUAAAUAUCAGUAUUUUGUGGCCGACAAAGAUUCGGGUCGUUUCCUUGCUGAUCUUAAUCACAACAUCUCACGUCAAAUAGCAUUUGAUUGUAUGGCUAGGGUUCGAUCUAGUGCUGGUAUCCGGCCCGUUUUGUUCCAAGGCUCCUUCUAUAUGGAAAAUUCCACAGACCUGGAGAUGGCUUCCAUUGACGAAGAUAAGUCGUUCUUUGCUGAACUGAAACAUGACGAUAAGUUGACAGACCAGAACGCUAUUAUCCAGUGCGCUAUUCUUUUCACAUCCGUGAGCGGGCAACGCCGACUUCGCAUCCUGAACAUAUGUCUGCCCGUUUCGGCAGAUUAUAACCAGCUUUAUAGAGUGGCUGAUCAAAAUGCGCUCGUAUCGUAUUUGUUGAAGAACGCUGUGCAAGCAAAUCGCGAGAAAGGUAAUAAGGAAAUGAAAGACCAGAUCUUCCAGCGCUGUGCGCAGAUCCUGGCUACCUACAGAGAAAAAGUCAGCGAAUCAGCUCCUUUGGGACAACUCAUACUUCCCGAGACGCUCAAGCUUUUACCACUUUUUGUGAACUCUAUCGUCAAGAACGACGCAAUAAAUGGUGGCAGCGAAAUGACCGUGGAUGACAAAGUAUGGAUGAUAGAACUGAUUCGUGGAAUGCGUGUAGAUCAUGCCAUGCUGCUUCUAUAUCCAAAGAUCAUCCCCGUUGAUCACUUGGAAUUGCACGACCCUUCGGAGAUGACUAGCGUGACUGGCUGCAUUAGAGCGAGCUUUGAAAACCUCGACCACACCAAGGCGUAUCUGAUAGACAAUGGGAUAGUGCUCUUCCUUUGGGUGGGGCUUGGUGUUGCGGAAGCUUGGGUACAAGACGUGUUUGGUGUGAACAAUGUGGCUAUGUUGGAUACAGAGAAUGCUCAAAUUCCCGAGAAGGAUAAUGCGCGAUCAAGAGGAUUGCGGAGAGCUGUUGAGCUGCUCCAGGAGGUCGGCCCACGGAAUCGAAAAUUGUUUGUCGUUCGUGAAAAGGACGCUUUGGAGCCAUGGAUGAAGAAAUUCUUUGUUGAGGAUCGCUCUGGACCAAAUGUCAUGUCUUACGUGGACUUCUUAUGCUAUAUUCAUCGGGAAAUUAGGAAUCUUCUUUCGUAAAAACCCUUAUGUAUCGCCCAUUUUCUUGUGAUACAUUGUUUACUCUUGUUACUAUGUUGCCUGUUCUUUGACGGAAUUUACUUGUUGUAUGCUAGUUUAAAGAAAGUCUAUGUCUUGUUUGAUGUGAUAAGCGCGCUCGUCUUCCUCUCUUAUGACUUGUUUUUAUCAUUGGCAUUCUUUCUAAUAUGGCGCGUCUAAUAAGCUGGGUACGCUUGUGUUCUUCGUAAACAACUCGUAUUAACGAAGUCAUUCAAGAGGAGUAGUAUAGCUGAUGAGUUUUGCCUUUGCUGUUAUCUAAAAGUCUAUGAUUUAUUGUCUUACAUCAUAGCCAUACUUUAUCUGUCUGGACAUUUGGGGAGGGAGUGUAUUUACAGUUAUAGAUUUUUUUCGUUUAUUUAUUUUAUGGUGCCCGCAGUCGAUCGUGUAAAUGAAGUGGUCUUUACCCUUAUGA